GCCGUUUUCGUUCAAUCCUUGGAAUGGAACCAGUGUGGUUUAACUUUGGUCUGCUUGCUAGACGUCGGCGGGAAUAUCCACAUGGAGUUUAUUCUCUUGAAGCGGCCAUGGAGAAGUGCGGACGGACAGCGCAUGUCAGCGCAGCGCCGCAGUUGUCCUGCGAAGCACUACGGCAGCGUUCCCAUGUCAGCCCUGGCAAGUGCAUUGCGGCUGUCAUAGCGUGCGGAAAAGGCAGGCAGUGGCAACAGGCGGUGUCUCUUCUCAGCGACAUGGUGGACGCGAGGGUGGAGGCAGACGUCAUCUCAGCUACAGCGCUGGGAUUAGCGUUUGUGGAAAAGGCGAGCAGCCGGAACGGGCUUUGGCGCUGCUCAGCGAGAUGCGGGAGGUGGAGUUGGAACCCAACGUUUUCAGCUACAGUGCUGCGAUCAGCGCGUGCGCGAAGGGCGAGCAGUGGCAGCAGGCUCUGUCGCUGCUUGGCGAGAUGUCGGAGGCGGAGGUGGAGGCCAACAUCAUCAGCUACAGCGCUGGAGUCAGCGCGUGCGAGAAAGGCAAGCAGUGGCAACAUGCGCUUGCGAUGCUUAGCGAGAUGUGGGAGGCGAAAGUCGAGGCCAACGUCUACAGCUCUGGGAUCAGCGCGUGCGGAAAAUGCGGGCAGUGGAAACAUGCUCUGUCGCUGCUCGGCGUGAUGUGGGAGGCGAAGGUGGUGCCGAAUGUCUACAAUGCUGGAAUCAGCGCGUGCGAGAAAGGCGGGCAGUGGCAGCGGGCUCUGUCGCUGCUCAGUGAGGCGUGGGAGGCGGACUUGGAGCUCAACAUCAACUCUCUCAUACUUCUUGUCAUUUACAGUGCCGGAAUCAGCGCAUGUGAGAGUGGUGGGCAGUGGCACCACGCUUUGUCUCUGCUCGGCGACAUGUGGGAUGCGAAGCUGGAGCCCGACGUCAUCAGCUACAGCGCUGCGGUCAGCGCGUGUGAAAAAGGUGGCCAGUGGCAACUUGCCCUGUCUCUAUUCGGCAGGAUGUGGGAUGCAGAGAUAGAGCCGAACGUCAUUAGCUUCAACGCUGGAAUCAGCGCGUGCGAGAAAGGCGGGCAGUGGCAGAGGGCUCUGUUUCUGCUCGGCGACAUGUGGGAGGAGAGGUUGGUGCCCGACGUCAUCUCCUACAGUGCUGGGAUCAGCGCCUGCGAGAAAGGCCGUCAGUGGCAGCGGGCUCUGGGGUUACUCAGGGAGAUGCGGCAGAAGAGGUUGGACCCCACCGUCAUCAGCUACGGAGCUGGGAUCAGCGCGUGCGAGAAAGACGGGCGGUGGCAGCAGGCUCUGGCGUUGCUUGGCGAGAUGUGGGAAGCGAGGUUGGAGCCCAACGUCAUUAGCUACAACGCUGGAAUCAGCGCGUGCGAGAAAGGCGGGCAGUGGCAGAGGGCUCUGUUUCUGCUCGGCGACAUUUUGGAGGAGAGGUUGGUGCCCGACGUCAUCUCCUACAGCGCUGGGAUCAGCGCCUGCGAGAAAGGCCGUCAGUGGCAGCGGGCUUUGGGGUUACUCAGCAAGAUGUGGGAGGCGAAUUUGGAGCCCACGGUCAUCUCCUACAGCGCUGGGAUCAGCGCGUGCGAGAAAGGCGGGCAGUUCCAGCAGGCUCUGUCGUUGCUCGGCGAAAUGUGCGAGGCGAAGUUGGAGCCCAAUACAACUUUGGUCAGCUACAACGCCGGAAUCAGCGCAUGUGAUAAGUGUGGCCAGUGGUGCCAGGCGUUGUCGGUGCUCAGCGAGCUGUGGGAUAGUAAUUUGGAGCUCGACGAAACCAGCUACAACUUGGGUAUGACAGUGUACGAGAGGUCAUCUAGUGACUCGGCUGGGUUCCCAGGCUUCCUUCGGAUCGGUCUUUCGCGAUUCCGCAGAUUUUGAGACACACCCUGCGUGCGAGGGAUCAUGUCGAACAGGCAUUGCAGGUACUUGAAUGAGCAUCGUAUUUUUGCGAAUUUGCUAUCACACGAAUCACGAUUGAAUGCCAGUCGAUGGAUUAGGCCUAGUUAGAUACAGCGCCGGAGCCAGCGCGCGCGAAAGGCAGGCAGUGGUUGCAGGCUUUGUCAUUGCCCAGCGCAUUUUUUUCAGGAGAAGUUUGACCCCGACGUCAUCAGCCGCAGCCGCAGCACUGGGGUCAAAGCCUCAAAGGGAUGCGGGCAAUGCGCGGCAAGGUCAACAGGCGCUUUGGUUGCUCACCGAGGCGUGGGAUGCGAAGCUAGAGCCCAACUUUGCCGGCUCCAGUGGUGCUAAGCUAUACAGCGGGUUCAAAGGCAAGCAAAGGUUGCAGGUGCAGUUGUUAUUGUUCAGAGGGCGGUGGAGUCGAAGAUGGAGCCAGCGUCAUCGGCCAUAAUGCUGCGAUCAGCCCGUGCGCAAAAGGCGAGCAGUGUGAAUGGGUUCUGUCGCUGCUCAGCGAGAUGCGGAUGGCGAAGGAGGAGCCUGACGUCACUAGUUGCAGUGCUACAGGCUCGGAAGUACUCCUCUGAACGCCACACCAGGGCCCCAACAACACCCCAAGGACAAAUGAAGGCCUCUGCGCCCAAUCCCGUCCCCAUUUUGCGCUCCACAUGUAGCACGCGUGCUCCACAUAACGACGGGCGGAACGGGCGUGGACCUUCCCGACACGCUGUGAUUGGGCAUGGGAGCGUGUGGCCGCGUUCGGAGAAAAUCUAUCCGAGCCUGUAGGAUCAGCGCGUGCGGAAGCAAGCUAGGAGAGGCAGCAGGCUCUGCCGCCACUCAGCCAAAGUUGGGAGGCGUGGUCGGGUCACGCUGUUUUCGGCAAGAGCGGUGGGAUCAUCAGCGCGCCUGCGAAGAGGCAACAGGUCGCAGCGUGCUCCGCCACUGCAGGGCCAGGUGAGAGAGGCGUACAGUUGGAGUACAGUGAGCGGC